AUGUCCGGGACCAAAGAGGAGGACCGCAAAGGCUCGAGCGAGUGGCGGGAGUUCUUCUGGAAUCCGCGAACCCACGAGCUGCUGGGCCGAACCGCCACCAGCUGGGGCCUGAUCCUGCUCUUCUAUGUCAUCUUCUACCUGUUCCUGGCGGGAAUGUUCGCCCUGACCAUGUACAUCAUGCUGCUGACGCUCGAUGACUUCAAGCCCACCUGGCAGGACCGCCUGGCUACUCCAGGGAUGAUGAUUCGUCCAAAGGGCGAAAUGCUGGAGAUCACCUACUCUGUCUCAGACAUAGAAACCUGGGGGGGCUUCGUCCAAAACCUUGACACUUUCCUCUCCUUGUACAACGACAGCCACCAGGCUCAGACCAACGACAACUGUCCUCCAGAUCAAUACUUCAUCCAGGAGGACAGUGGAGAGGUCAGGAACAAUCCCAAACGCUCCUGUCAGUUUAACCGGACUAUGCUGGAGGACUGUUCUGGAAGAACCGAUCAAUUUUAUGGUUACAAAGACGGUGAGCCAUGCGUCCUCAUCAAAAUGAACCGGGUGAUCAACAUGCUGCCAGGAAAGGAUGGUCAGUCUCCUUAUGUCACCUGUGCAGCCAAGGGGGAGGACAGUGAUAAGAUUGGACCUUUGGCAUAUUUUCCUCCUAACGGGACCUUUAACCUCAUGUACUAUCCAUACUACGGCAAGAAAUCUCAGGUGAACUACACACAGCCGCUGGUUGCGGUUAAGUUCCUGAACGCAACACGGAACGCGGACAUCAACGUGGAGUGUAAAAUUAACUCCAACACACUCAGUGACGGCAGCGAGAGAGACAAGUUUGCCGGGCGAGUGUCCUUCAAGCUACGGAUCAACACCUAAUAGACACACACAGACAGGCAAACAAACACAGACAGACACACAGACACAGACACAGACACACACACACACACACACAAACAAACAGGGGUUAAAGCUGCUCUCAUCAGUCCCUCCAGGAUUCAUGGACCUUUUGUGAUUGUUGCGGUGAAAAAGUUAGAGAUAUUUUCAAGUUGGAAAGAAGAAAAAAA